GCAUCACAGAUAUUCGCCGUACGAGACACGACUUCCGUAGCAUGUCAGGCUGCAGACGCUAUUUGUUGGGACCUGGGACCCACCUCUAGGAGAAGGUUUACGUCCGCGGGUUGCCUGGCAAGGAAGCGUUGUUUCUAUUAAGUGAUGCGCACUCUGCAGAACGAAGGCUGACAACAUUCCGUCGUGUGAAUUAGCACCUGGCGACUUCGUGCCGUGGACGAUGCGACCGGCGAAAAAUGCUAUUCGCGCAUUAUUCCUGGGCCUCGUGGUCUUGGAGACAGCGCAGUGCUCGUGGGAAGCCAGACCAAACUUUGUCGUCAUGGUGAUGGAUGACAUGGGCUGGGGAGACCUCGGUAUCUUCGGUCAGCCCGCCAAAGAGACUCCCAACCUGGACGAGAUGGCGUCCGAGGGAAUGCUGUUCACCGACUUCUACGCCGCCAACCCAGUCUGCUCGCCAUCACGAGCGGCACUGCUCACGGGUCGGCUGCCCAUCCGGAACGGGUUCUACACGACCAACAAUCACUCCAGGAACGCGUAUGUGUCGCCGAAGGUUGUGGGCGGCAUACCGGAAGAAGAGCUGCUCAUCCCAGAAAUCCUUGACGAGGCCGGCUACAGAAACAUGAUCAUCGGCAAAUG